AUGAACCUGAACUCUAUUAGACAUAAUCUGUCCCUGCACAGCAAGUUUGUUAAAGUUCAUAAUGAAGCCACAGGGAAGAGCUCUUGGUGGAUGCUCAAUCCUGAGGGUGGGAAAAGUGGAAAAGCACCAAGAAGAAGAGCUGCCUCCAUGGACAACAGCAGCAAACUUGCAAAAGUCAGAGGUAAAGCAUCCAAAAAGAAGCUGCCUCUCCAGUCUGCUCCAGAAUCCACUGCUGACAGUCCUGGUUCCCAAUUCCCGAAGUGGCCUGGGAGCCCGUCCUCAAGAAGCAAUGAGGACUCUGAUGUGUGGAACACCUUUCGGCCUCGAACCAGUUCCAACGCAAGCACUAUUAGUGCCAGGCUUUCUCCUAUCCUGACAGAGCAGGAUGACCUCCACGAAGAAGAACUGCUUCCUUCUCUAGUGUACUCCAGUGCGUCCAGUAAUGUUCCACCAACUGUGACUGAGGAGCUUGAGCUCAUUGAUGGGUUGAAUUUGAUGUCUCCCAGCACAUCUGUGUUAUCUACCCAGCAAUCUGCCUCAAGUGGUCAGAUCCAGAGAGAUUCCAGCUUUUCCUUGCGGAGCCCAAAUGCAGCUGGUCAGACCACUACAUUUGGCAAUUCCCUGUUUAACCCUGUUGAUAUCUCACUGCAAAGUUCUGUCAGCCAUUUCUCUGCCCCUCAGACCUUGGAAGCUCUUCUGACACCCAGCUCUCCACCUCCAAGGGAUGUUAUGAUGACUCAGGUGGAUCCAGUUCUCCCGCAGACUGGUAACAGGAUGAACAGCCGAACUCUUCUGCUUCUAGGUGGACAAGCCACCCAGAGUAAGAUGAGCUCGGGCAAUCCACGAGGAAAGCCUACAGAGCAGCAGUCAGAACCAGUCGGUGCCAAUUCGGUCCAGCUGGGCAGUCCACUGCUGCUUUCUUCUGCUAGCCCUGCUCCCUUGGGAUUGAACCAGGACAGGCUGCCCAUUGACCUGGACAUUGACAUGUACAUGGAGAACCUUGAAUGUGAUAUGGAUUACAUAAUCAACAGUGAACUGAUGGAUGGAGAAGGACUGGACUUUAAUUUUGAACCCAUGCUGUCUACUCCCAGCUAUCCCAGCACCUCGCAGGCCUCCAACCAUACCUGGGUACCAAGUUAA